AACUCAGUUUAAUGGUUUCCUUAAAGAAACUAAUACACACGCAAUACUUCAGGGAAAUCCCAAUAAAUUUCCAUUCAAUUGUCCAUUGCCACUAAGCAGAGUCGAGAUUCUGCAUAUCUCUGGCUCUCUGAAAUGGGAUGGAACUUAAUGAGCCAGAUUAACGGUAAGCGAGAUAAGAAUCCAUAGAAAUAUUGGAUAGUGCAAUGGGAACGGACCUCAUCAAAGAACAUUCCGGGCGCAGACACAGGCGCAGGCGCUGCACCAAUGGAUGUCUUCUAGUGAAACAGAAUUCUGGAGAAAUACCAGAAAAUUUAAAAUGAGCCACAGGCAGACCAGGCAGAAACACAAAAUAUAUUUCGUGUAGGUGCGAGCCAAGAACUGUUGAGCAAAUGAAAAAUUAAUUACAAAGGACUUGAGCAUACGAUUUUUUGAGCUAGCAGGUAGGGACGUACAAUAGAUGAACCCACUGAAAUAUUCUGGAACAAAUCCUUUUCUUUUUAUGACAAUGCAAACCUUUUGUCAACGAAGUUUUUCUCAUAAACAAGUCGCAGCAGCGCACCUUAAUGAUAAUUUCGGCAUCUCAGGUAGAAUGACUGCCUACAUCGGUGUGGACUGGACCAGAGACUAGACCCCUAUAUAAGCAGCAGUUGCGCAGCAGAAGGAGCACAGUCAAUCGACAAACAUCAACGUAGCAACAUCUCGAAAUUGUAUACACAAUCUAAACACAAGAAGAUGGCACCCUCACAUAUGGAUUAUCCACACAACGUAAACGCGAAGGUAAUUGAGUCGGAAAACGAAAAGUAUAAUAUGGGUUGCUACAAGCAUAAGAAAUUUGGCAAACGUAUCAGUAAGGAUGAUGUGCCACCAACUGCAGCUCCACUUUUCCGUCCAUACGCACUCAGCGAGAAUACACCGCGUAAACGUCGCCAGGAGUUACAACAACCGCAUUUGCAGUCACAGUUGCACCCACAGCAUCAACUCCCACCCACUCCACCAACAACGCCUCCACAACUGCAGCCACAGCAGCACUUCCAGACACAAGUAUAUCCAGAGUACAACUACCAACAACAUCUCCAUCAAUAUCAAGCGCCGCAGUUUUAUGUUCCCACGAACACCCCAACGCCAACGCCGACGCCAACACCCGUGAUCAACCAUCAGGCCUUGGCUUACGUGCUACAAAAGCAACGCGCUGUACUCCAAAUACGUCAAAUGCUUAGCAUCAAUCCCGAUGCAAAUACCUGGCCAACAGAGUUACGCAAUGCCCUGUACUCCAUGAUGUAGGUGAAUGAAAUAUAAAACGGGGUAACUUCAUCCCCCAAGACGGUGAUUUGCCUAGCAACCAGUGAUAUAGUAAUUUAAGUGCCAUAAAAUAUAAAAAAAUAUAAAUAAACAAUACUUACAUAGACUUUAUAAAUUGUACAUAAAAUAUUU